GUAUUUUGAGUGGAAAACACAGCGGAGAAGAAGCACCUUUCGUUUCCAUAGUGACCAAUCAGUUGUUUCUAGCCACCAUCAACCAGUCUCUCUCACCCUAACUUAGCGAAAGCGCGCAUAGCUUAACCAGAUAGGAUAUCAAUCUUCCUUUCUGUUCGAGUCCAGGUGACUGGAUAUCUAUCUUGUUAACCUCAGAUCCCACAGGCGCCCUCCUCCUUUCCUAAAUCAUCUCUGUUUUGAUGCUAACGUUAGAAGCUACUUGUGCUUGCUAGCUUGAUAAAGUUGACCAGGUUAAUGUUUCGUAACGUUAACCCCAGCAGCAGCAAUCCCAUGAAAAAAGUGUUUGUAACGUAACGUUCGCGGUAAUCAGCUUGUUGCUGUUGGCUGCAAAUUAACUGGAAUCAGAACAUUAACGUCAGGAUGUCGAGCGACCUGGUGGGCGUGUGGGAGGUUGCUCUGAGCGAUGGAGUCCAUAGGAUCGAGUUUGAACAUGGCACAACCACCGGGAAACGGGUCAUCUGCAUAGAUGGAAAGGAAGUUCUACGAAGGGACUGGAUGUUCAAACUGGUUGGGAAGGAGACGUUUUAUGUGGGGAGCUCAGACACCAAGGCCACCAUAAACAUUGAUGCGGUGAGCGGCUUUGCCUACGAGUACACGCUAGAGAUCAAUGGAAAGAGCUUGAAGAAGUAUAUGGAGAAUCGCUCAAAGGUGACCAGUACUUGGCUGCUCAACCUAGAUGGCACAGACUGCAGGGUUGUCCUGGAGAAAGAUACCAUGGACAUUUGGUGCAAUGGACAAAAGAUGGAAACAGCUGGCGAGUUUGUGGACGAUGGCACAGAAACACAUUUUACCCUGAGUGACCAUGACUGUUGCAUCAAGGCUGUCAGCAGUGGUAAAAGAAGAGACGGCAUCAUCCACACGCUCUUAGUUGAUGGCAACGAGGUGGCAGAAUGCACAGAGUAAUGAGAGAAAGAGGAGUGAGAGAGAAGAGAGAGAGGAGAGAGAGAGAGGAGUGAGAGAGAGGAGUGAGAGAGGAG